AGAAGUGGCCACAUUGUUUGCUGACUGUCUAAAGCUUAUUGUAAAAGCCAGCAAUCUGAACACCGAACAGAAUUGCACAGCGCCGCCGAUCAGAUGUUGAAAAAAUACUUCCGCAUCACGAGCUUUCUGCAUCACAUGUUAAUUUAGUCAUUCUGCUCCAUUUGGGCGUGUUAAUUACAAUACCAAUAUUUUCAAACUAAUGCUGUACAAUAUAUAAGUUUAACAAUGGAACUGAUACACUUUACAUACCUUUUGGUUAUUGCCAGGACGAGGAACCUCUUUUUUGCUGAUAAAAUAGAAGAAAUUUUACCAUUUCCCGUUGAAGUAGAUGAUGGUGGCGAUGCAGAACUAGCAAUUGGCGCUGGUGGUGGCAAUGUAGCUGGUUUCUUUGGGGCUGGUGGUGGAGCUGGUGGAUUUGGAGGAAGGAGAAAUGGAAAUGGAGGAAGGAGGAAUGACAAUGAAAGACCCUACCAGUACAUAAUAAUGUAUUUGAUACUGUUAUAUCUGUGCCUAAUUUUGAUCUAUAUUUGGUGUUACUUGUGGGUGCUGUUCCUGGUCCAUGCAGGCAUCAUUCCAGACAAUCAGCUACUGGAAGUGAUGGCGACAAAUCAUGACCAAGCCUGGUUUAUGUUGACAAUACUAAUGUUCAUUUUACCAUUUUACUGGAUGCGUUGAUAAGGGCCAGCAGUUCAAAUCAGCUAUAUAAAGCGCUGGAGGGGUGGACUAGCUCUUUCAUUAAAUUGCUUCUCCCUAUAUGAGCCUAUUCCUGUCUGAGCUUCCUAGCUAUUCUUUGUCUGUCUGCAAUAGGGGUUGAAUGGACCAGUAUGCUGUAAUAACCCCCUGCUCAUCUCGAAAGAUAUACUGGGAUCUUUAAGGUACACUGGGCCUAUGGUUUAUAGUAUUCAUCCAAGAAAACUUGUUCCAGAACCAUAGAUGAGCAUGCUGUUUGAACCAGCGUAUAUAUUAUAGUUGUACAUUGCAGCACCCCUGCCUUAACGUACAUGAACUUCAAACUUGCUAUGACUUACAGGGUAGCUUGUUUGGGAAUACAUUUAAUGCCUUCCAUUUUCAUCUUGAUCGAUUUCUGUAGCUACUAACUAAAACCCCAAUUUUUAGAAGCACUUUGAAUGCACCUAGGAUGCAAUGUAGAAAGCAAUACAUUAGUGUUAUUCGUUAACUAUUUAAUGUUCUUCCAUUGUAAAAAAUGUAAUUGUUAAAAAAAUAAUUCUAAAAGCCGCGACUUGCCAAAUAAAGGCUUAGAAGCUGAUUCUGCAUGGCUGUUUCAAUCUUCCAUAUCUAUAUAAUAAAUACUAUGGGUAGAAUGCAUGCAAUAACAUUUACUAGUGGCUUAAAGAUGUAUUGUCCCAUGCUAAAUACCAAAAAAAUCAUUAAAAUAUUUUUGGAAAUUAACUUACCCAUUUUGAAGUAACAUAAAAGUUAGAAACAUAACAUAGAAAUUAGUGUAUUUAAAAAAUGUCUACCCAUCAGUUUACAGUGAAACUUGAUAGAUACACUUCUAGUCACUGGAACUGUCUUAUUAUUUUUAUUAUACUUUUCUGGCUUAAAAAUCAGUGUACACAUUUUCUAAAUUCAAUAUUUUCUAUGCACAAGUUAAUAAUUUGUAUGUUACUGCAAAUGAACCAGUUGAUUUCAAAAUUAUUUUUUAUGAUUUUUUUUAAUUAGCAAGGGAAAAUACAUCUUAUGUACAUUUGCAAAAAAAAGUAAGUAUAGUUUAGAUAUAUUUUUAAAAAUAAUUUAAAUCUUGCAGGUUACUAUCUGUCACAUAUUAUCUGAAGUAUCUGCUAUACAUGAUACAGAUCCCACCUUUAAUGUAUAGCAUGUUAAGUUUGUGAUUGGCAUAACAGCUAAGCUGUGCCUAGUGCAGGAAGGUUGUUUAGCACUGUGGUUUCUAUUCUAGUACUAUUACCAUAUUAGUAGUACUAUUACCAUAUAGUUAUGAAUUUGCAGGGGCAGAUCCAAUAGGGGGGCACGAGGGGCACAUACUCCCACCCUGUUUUUCCACUAAAUUUUAAGAUUUUCAAUGCAAAUCAAUGUUAUGUGCCAUGCUUAGAUACCAUAACUUGCAUUGUUGAAGGGCUGUAAAAGUGGCUGAUGCUAAGCCUCAGCCCUGAGAUGCAAGGGCUUCAUGGGCGUAAAUACUUUAAAUUCCUGGAAACAACUGAUUGGCCCAUUGGGAUGAAAGUGUGCUCGGUUUCACUUGUACAUGACUAAUAAUUAAUUACCAUAUAGUUUUGACUAAUAAUUUCAUAUUUAAUCUGGCUAUUGUUCACUGUAGCAUAUUAUAUAUUAAAAAACCCAACGUAAAUUUGUACAAGUGCGGCGCAGCGGUUAAGGGAUUAGAAUUCUUAUCAUGAGGUUGUGGGUUUAAAACCAACGCUUGUCGCAUUGCUUGUGCCCUGGGAAAGAUAUGAUUUUGUUUGCUUUUCUUCAACCAGGAGGUAUAACUGAGUACCUUUCGGUGAAUGAUUUUUAAUCAAAUUGGUUGUGCUGAAUUACAAGCAUAACAACCUAGUGGGCGGUGAAGUUUGCAUGUUGCGCAUGACUUACUCUAUAUCAAAAAUUACUAGGGAAAAAAUAAAACGUGAGCAGAUCUUAUGGAUACUCAUUAAAUAAAUAAAAAAAAUGGUUGGCUUAUAAAACGCACAUUGUAGAGAUCACUAUGUGCUUAACAUUAUUAUCACAGUCGUUGGAUCAAACACAUACUCAGCUCAAUGGAGAACAUUUUGUAAUGUUGCAGCUGUAAUCAGCGCGUUUUGUGUUUGAACCUACCAGGUACUUACUUUUACUCGUAGGUGGACAGAGAUAACCAUAGGUAAAGUAAUUGCCUAAGGACACAAGCAAAAUACACAGCGAGGGGUUGAAGCUCCGACCUCAAGAAUGAAAAAAAAAACCGCAACCACUGUGCCAAACUACUCCUUUUAAGUCAAAUUAAAUAAUUAAUUACACAAUAUCAAAUAAUAGACAGUGUCUUCAUUACAUAGAUUGCUGGAACAGUAGAUAUGAAGUUUAAUAACUUAUUGUUUAGUAAUGUGAAAAUAUAUAGAAUAUAAUGAUGUGGUAUACUGUAAAUGAUCAAAUAAGAGCGCCUCAAGUUCUUAAAUAAGUGCCACAACAAAUAUAGAUUUUAUUUUCACAGUAUCAUUCAUGAAUGUGUGCCUUGGUGCUUUAAUUAGAGAUAACUUAUAUCGGUGGGUAGAGAAAGUGAAGGAAUGGUGCUCUUUUCAUUUGUCCAGAAAUAAAACUAAAGUGCUGUUACUAAAAUAUUAUUAUGCAAGUGUCCUAUUUUUACAUUUUACUCCAAAAAAAAUUGACAAUUUGUUAUUAACAAACGCUUGUUUUUGUUUUGUGUUGUGCUAUUAUGUAUUUCAAAUAUUAUUAAACUUGCUCAUAUUAAAAGUACAGUAUUGUAUAAAGUAUAUUACUUUUGGUGUCUGUAAAAUAAAAAAAAAAACUAUAGCUAGUAGGUCUCACUGUUAUCGAUAAACACUAUACUACAUUAUUAGUUUAGAAACAAGCACCACUGAAGAAUGAAUUUUUGGAAUAAUGUUGAGAAUUUCAGGAACAGAUGUGGGGUGAAAGAAACUGAAGUUACCAGAAGCAUGAUAAUCAACAGAAUCAGAAGAAACAUUAAGAUAACCAGUAUCAUUAAUGUCAUCAUUAUUUAAGGCAAGUCAAUCCAGAUCAAGAAAACGAUAAUGAAUUACGGUUACGUCAUCAAUUUCUACCGACAACCCUCCCCCUACAGUCGAAUAUUUGUUACAAAGUAGGCGAUUCAUGCCUUUGCAUGAAUCAAAGAUCUUGUUCAGUAGGUACAGAAAAUUUUCAAGAGUGUUUUAGGCACUAAUGAUGAAAAUGAUAAUGAAGUAUUCGUAUUCAUUAUUGUUUUUCCUAAGGUUGCAAAAUCUCCCAAAUAUCAUCCAUGCCAAUACCCCUAUACACAACAAUCCUAGAUGAUCACAGUAAUUAAUAGUUAAUCUUACUUUUACGACAAAUUAAAUAUGUCUUGUCAAUAUUCAACAAAUUAUAAAUAUUGCAAGAGGAUGGGUGCUGUUGAAAUUGAGGAAAUGAGUAAAGAAAUGCUAGACAAACUUUUGAUCGCCUAGUAUAGGAGGCUAGGCCUGUAGGCUAGGAAGGAAGUACUUUUUUAGGCCUCAUAGAAUCUAUGUAUGAGGUAUAUAAAACAAAUAUUGACUGCUCUAGAUUCAGGGAAUGAUGAAAUUUAUUGCCCCUCGGUGAUGUGGAGACCGUAGCCUAUCUAUUGGGAAGAUAGGCUACGAUCUCCACAUCACCUCGAGCAAUAA